AUGAUACAAACCAUUAACCGGAAGCAAGAUAACGGCAUGCAAUCUGGUAGCAGUAUUGCGACAUUCUCCUCUGGGGACUGUAAUAUGACCUUGUCAUCUUGGGACUGUAAUGUGACCUUGUCAUCUGGGGACUGUAAUGUGACCUUGUCUUCUGGGGACUGUGAUGUGACCUUGUCAUCUGGGGACUGUAAUGUGACCUUGUCAUCUGGGGACUGUUAUAUGACCUUGUCAUCUGGGGGCUGUAAUGUGACCUUGUCAUCUGGGGGCUGUAAUGUGACCUUGUCAUCUAAGGACUGUAAUGUGACCUUGUCAUCUGGGGGCUGUAAUGUGACCUUGUCAUCUAAGGACUGUUAUAUGACCUUGUCAUCUGGGGGCUGUAAUGUGACCUUGUCAUCUGAGGACUGUAAUGUGACCUUGUCAUCUGGGGACCGUAAUGUGACCUUGUCAUCUGGGGACUGUAAUAUGAACUUGUCAUCUCGGGACUGUAAUAUGACCUUGUCAUCUGGGGGCUGUAAUGUGACCUUGUCAUCUGGGGACUGUUAUGUGACCUUGUCAUCUGGGGACUGUAAUGUGACCUUGUCAUCUUGGGACUGUUAUGUGACCUUGUCAUCUGGGGACUGUAAUGUGACCUUGUCAUCUUGGGACUGUUAUAUGACCUUGUCAUCUGGGGACUGUAAUAUGAACUUGUCAUCUCGGGACUGUAAUGUGACCCUAUCAUCUGGGGACUGUAAUAUGACCUUGUCAUCUGGGGACUGUAAUAUGAACUUGUCAUCUGGGGGCUGUAAUGUGACCUUGUCUUCUGGGGACUGUAAUAUGACCUUGUCAUCUGGGGACUGUAAUAUGAACUUGUCAUCUCGGGACUGUAAUGUGACCCUAUCAUCUGGGGGCUGUAAUGUGACCUUGUCAUCUGAGGACUGUAAUGUGACCUUGUCAUCUGGGGACUGUAAUGUGACCUUGUCAUCUGGGGGCUGUAAUGUGACCUUGUCUUCUGGGGACUGUAAUGUGACCUUGUCAUCUGGGGACUGUAAUGUGACCUUGUCAUCUGGGGAUUGUAAUGUGACCUUGUCAUCUGGGGACUGUAAUGUGACCUUGUCAUCUGAGGACUGUGAUGUGACCUUGUCAUCUGGGGACUGUAAUGUGACCUUGUCAUCUGGGGACUGUAAUGUGACCUUGUCAUCUGGGGACUGUAAUGUGACCUUGUCUUCUGGGGACUGUGAUGUGACCUUGUCAUCUGAGGACUGUUAUAUGACCUUGUCAUCUGGGGGCUGUAAUGUGACCUUGUCAUCUGGGGACUGUAAUGUGACCUUGUCAUCUGAGGACUGUGAUGUGACCUUGUCAUCUGGGGACUGUAAUGUGACCUUGUCAUCUGGGGACUGUGAUGUGACCUUGUCAUCUAGGGGCUGUAAUGUGACCUUGUCAUCUGGGGACUGUGAUGUGACCUUGUCAUCUGGGGACUGUAAUGUGACCUUGUCAUCUGGGGACUGUAAUGUGACCUUGUCAUCUGGGGACUGUAAUGUGACCUUGUCAUCUGGGGACUGUAAUGUGACCUUGUCUUCUGGGGACUGUGAUGUGACCUUGUCAUCUGAGGACUGUUAUAUGACCUUGUCAUUUGGGGACUGUUAUAUGACCUUGUCAUCUGGGGACUGUAAUAUGACCUUGUCAUCUAGGGGCUGUAAUGUGACCUUGUCAUCUGGGGAUUGUAAUGUGACCUUGUCAUCUGGGGAUGUAAUGUGA